AUGAAUGAGUUAUCAUUUAAAUCAAGGACUUAUGUUGUACUAACAUUAAGUCUAAUAUCAUUAUAUAUGUUAUAUUUACUAAUAAAUACAAAAACAUACUUUUAUGAAAUUGACGAAAACUCCAUUUUCCUUCCGACUGAUUCAAAACGCCUUUCAAUCCCUAGUAAUGUAGAAUUAUGUACAACAGAUGAGUUUAAUAAAGGAAAAUGGACUCAUCAAGUCAUUGGUUUAGAAUCAUAUACGAUAGAAGGAAUUAAUGCCUAUGCAGGAUAUUAUUGUAAUUGGGAUUUCCCUCACCGAUGUUAUAGACGACAAGAUCCAUCUACUGAAUUCAACAGAAGUAAAUCAAUAUUAGACUAUAGCUGGCAACCGGAUGCUUGCGCAAUGAUCCCUUUUCAAGCUAGAGAUUUUGCUAAGCAUUUAUCUCGGAACCCCCUUUUAUUUGUCGGAGACUCUAUCACACAAUUAAUGUUUGAAAGUUUGUGGUGCUUGACAGGUCAAGAUUUGACAGCACAAAAUAAAGACACACGGUUAUCUGGUGGAGAUACAAAGAUGUGGGUAAGUCAACUUGUUCAUCGUGAUCGAGUGAAUGAAGAGGAAAAUGCCGUCACAGUUGGUUAUAUUCGAUCAGACUAUCUUGUAAAAUUGGAUGAUUUUAGUUUAAUUGAGCCUAAUGAAAGUGAAGGUUACCAAAUCGGAGUUGGUAGUAACUUCCCUUGGAUUCACGCCAUACCUCGAUUUAAGUAUAUCAUGAUUAAUACCGGACCACACUGGCACCCUGAUUUGAAAUGGGGUCCUAAUAAAGACCGAGGAGAGCUAUUGAAAGCGUUUAAGAUGGCUAUAAAAAAAGUAUUUGACUAUUUGAAAAAGAAUGUUAAAUCAGAUCAACGAGUUUGGGUUAGGAGUACACCUUAUGGUCACGCUAAAUGCUCUCAAUAUAGAACACCAAGUAGAGUUCCCGUGAAACCUACAGGACAACAAGGUGAAUAUGAAUGGGAUAUGUUUGAAGAGUUUGAUUUCGUUUGGAAGGAGAUGUACAUUCUCAGCCAGAUCAUGAUUGUUUGCAUACUUGUCUACCAGGCCCAGUAG